GUUGACGUCACCGCCGCCCGGUCCCCGCCGCCAUUGGAGUUGGAGGGUCUCUCGCUCCAUCCCGGCUCGGGGCCAGCGCGGGGACAGGCCGCGGGGCGCGGAGCGAGGGGCGGGCGGGGAUGUGAGGAGAAGGGCCGGCAGGGCGAGAAGUGACCGGACCGCCGCCCCGCCCCCCUCCCCUCCCCGGGGGGCCCAGCCUGAGGAGAGCGACCCCCCCCCCACGGGGCCCCGCCUUGCACGCCGAGCCGGCCCCUCCCCCAGGCCCGGUCCGGAGCGCCCCUCGCAGGCCCCGGGGACAGGCGCUCCCUCCCCCGCGUUCUCCCCUCCGCGCGGAGGGGCCCGGGCCCUGCCCCUGCCCCGCUCCCUGCUCACCACGGGGGCCCCGUACAUGAAUUAUGUCGGCCACAAGCGUUGACCCUCAGCGACCGAAAGGACAAGAUAAUAAAGUACAAAAUGGUUCAUUGCAUCAGAAGGACACAGUUCACGACAACGAUUUUGAACCUUACCUUUCUGGACAGUCAAAUCAGAAUAAUAGCUAUCCAUCAAUGACUGAUCCCUAUUUGUCCAAUUAUUAUCCACCAUCUAUUGGGUUUCCCUAUUCUCUCAGUGAAGCACCGUGGUCUACUGGAGGAGAUCCUCCUAUCCCAUACCUCACCACCUAUGGACAGCUCAGUAAUGGAGACCAUCAUUUUAUGCAUGAUGCUGUUUUUGGACAGCCUGGGGGUCUGGGAAAUAACAUCUACCAACACAGAUUUAAUUUUUUCCCUGAAAAUCCUGCAUUCUCAGCUUGGGGAACAAGUGGAUCCCAAGGACAGCAGACUCAAAGUUCAGCUUAUGGGAGCAGUUACAGCUACCCACCUAGUUCACUGGGUGGUACUAUUGUGGAUGGACAAACAGGAUUUCAUAAUGAUACUUUGAAUAAAGCACCUGGAAUGAAUAGUAUUGAACAGGGAAUGGUUGGACUUAAGAUUGGUGGAGAUGUAACAACGUCUGCUGUGAAAACAGUAGGUUCUGUUGUCAACAGUGCUGGAAUGACAGGUGCUCUUCCUGGUAAUGGUGGAUCCAGUGUAAACUUGCCAGUAUCUAAACCAACCUCUUGGGCUGCUAUUGCCAGCAAGCCUGCAAAACCACAACCUAAAAUGAAAACAAAAACUGGGCCUGUAAUUGGAGGAGCUUUGCCUCCGCCACCUAUAAAACAUAAUAUGGACAUAGGUACUUGGGAUAAUAAGGGUCCUGUGGCAAAAGUUCCUGCUCCCCAGCAGAUCCCAUCUCCUCAGUCUGUCCCACAGCAACAAAUGGUUCAGCCUAUUCCAGCUCAACCUCCUCCAUUGACCCAGCCACAGUAUCAAAGUCCUCAGCAACCACCCCAAAACCGCUGGGUGGCUCCCCGCAACAGAAAUGCAGCUUUUGGCCAAAGUGGAGGAACUGGUAAUGAUAGCAACUCAACUGGCAGUACCCAGCCUAACUCUGUCCCAAGUGGUGAAUCCCAUCCCGUUCUUGAAAAACUGAAAGCUGCUCAUAGCUAUAACCCGAAAGAUUUUGAAUGGAAUCUUAAAAAUGGACGUGUGUUCAUAAUAAAGAGCUAUUCUGAGGAUGAUAUUCAUCGUUCCAUUAAAUAUUCUAUUUGGUGUAGCACAGAACAUGGCAACAAACGCUUGGACAGCGCUUUCCGAUCCAUGAAUAGUAAGGGCCCGGUCUACUUACUGUUCAGUGUUAAUGGUAGUGGACAUUUCUGUGGAGUAGCAGAAAUGAAAUCACCUGUGGACUAUGGCACUAGUGCUGGCGUCUGGUCUCAGGACAAAUGGAAGGGGAAAUUUGAUGUCAAAUGGAUCUUUGUGAAGGACGUGCCCAACAACCAGCUCCGACACAUCAGGCUGGAGAACAAUGACAACAAACCAGUUACAAACUCCCGUGACACACAGGAGGUGCCCUUAGAAAAAGCAAAACAAGUGCUUAAAAUUAUUGCUACUUACAAGCACACAACCUCCAUCUUUGAUGACUUUUCCCAUUAUGAAAAGCGCCAAGAAGAGGAGGAGGUGGUGCGGAAGGUAAUGAAAGAAGAGCUCCUGGUUUUAACCCUUCAGUCAAAUAAGUAUAUUUGCAAGCUGAACAGUUUUAAAGUGUGUGAGAAUUGGAGACAAGUCCUGGAAGAAGUGGAUUGGAACAGCACGGCGAUCCACAAAGCCGAGUUAGAUGUCCAGGCUCCCUAUACAAUGAAUGUGGCGAGACAGGCAUCUUGGAAUGCCUCCUGGAGCCAGGGAGAGGAAGAGCUCCUGCUCUGUACAACGGGGAUAGUACUACUUCCUGACCUCACAGGGGCGUGGUGA